AGUUGAGUGUAGAGAUAUAUUACCAUACAAUAUGUGGUACCGUAUAAUAAUGUAUUGCAUUAUUAAGUCUGACUUUCUGUCGUGUUUACAAGUGCAAUUGAACUCGUUAUGUUGACGUUUUCCUUUAACAGUAAACCGCAGUUUUAAUAUUGAGUUGUUUACUGCAGCAUUGACAAACAGUUCGACCCGGAAUGCGUCGUCUCUUAAUAAAACACAGAAUCUGAGGGUGAAUUCGUUGCUGCGGCUCCUCCGCCCUGAAACGCUGCAGCUCCAAAAAUAGCGGCGCGACCCCAGGAAGCGUCAGGGUAAAAAAAUGGCUGAGGUUGUUUCACCAAUAACACGACAAAUAACUAAAGGAGAACUGGACAGCCAGGACCCUCCUGUCGACAUUCGACUACAAAAAGUCGAAGACUGUUUAGUCUACGACCGCCGGGGAGUCCCUCUCCCCUUCAAGAAGUUAUACCAAGACAGGAAGGCAGUGAUCGUUUUCGUGCGGAGUUUCUUGUGCUACAGCUGUAAAGAGUACGUGGACGAUUUGGCAAAAAUACCUAAAGAAGCGUUGGAGGAUGCCUAUAUUCGACUUGUUGUGAUUGGUCAGUCUGCAUAUCAUCAUAUAGAGCCCUUCUGCAAACUGACCAGCUAUCCUUAUGAAAUAUAUGUGGACCCAGAAAGAUGCAUUUUUCAAAACCUUGGAAUGAAGAGGGAGGAGAAAUUCACACAGUCUGCAAAUCCUAGUCCUCAUGUGAAGUCUGGUGUCUUUGUGGGCCAAAUGAAGACUAUAUGGAGGGCGAUGACCAGCCCGAAGUUUGACUUUCAAGGUGACCUGUAUCAGCAAGGCGGGGCCAUCAUUGCAGGACCAGGCUCCCAAGUCCAUUUCUCCCAUUUUGACAUGAACCGCCUGGAUCACAUGCCCAUCAACUGGCUCCUGCAGCUCGCUGGUGUUCAACAGACUCUGGACUUCAGCAAUAAGCCAAAGAUCUUGCACAUAUAACCAUGUAGCCAUGUGCUGCCAUUGUUUCUGCUGCCAUUGGUCAUUAGGCUCUUAUUUCACACAAUGAAAGGUCUGUACCUGUCAAUUUAUCUCUUGUAUUUUUUUCUGCAAUCCAAAUUCAAACAUUUUGCCUGUGUGGCUCCAUAAGGAGUAUGAUUAAUAUUGUACAAAUAAUAAUAAUAAAAACAAUAAAAAAGGAAAGAAAGGGGGUAAAGGGCAUAAAAUGUAGCAGAGAAAUCAAUUUCCCAGGAUUGGUUACCUUGUUCACAAGUAUCACAAAGUGGCUAUUUUUUUUUAUUUUUUUUAUUGUUUGUUUUGUCACUUUUUUACCACACUAAUAAGACAUCUUUGGAUGAAGAAUCUGAUAAUUAUAUUUAUUUCCUUUUAUUUCUGAAGCUGUUGUUUAUUGUUCCUGUAGUUGAUCAACACUUGCCAUACACUGUGAUACUUCAAAAUUAUAUUAUAAAUACAUGCAUUAUUUUAUCGUAAUAACAAUUAUCUGCUAAAAAUUGCAGGUUUUCAAAGAUAUAUUAGUAACGUUUCCUUGUAAGCUUAGAUUUUAUUCUGUUUUUUAUAUAUAUAUACAUAGAAAGGAAUAUGAGAUAAAGAAAUCAGAGUAACAGGGGUAUGCUGUUGUUACUGUUGUUAUCUUGCACUGACAUUUUCAUUGUCUUAAAUUUAUAGUGAUGUUCUAUAAUUAUCUUAUCGGUGCCAUGAUGUUUGCAGCUAGACUAAAUCUGUGUUUUUUUCUUUUCAUUGCACAAUUGUUUUAUAUAUCACAGUAUUUAUUACCCUGUAAAUGACACACACAAAAAUAUAUCUACUGCAGUUUGAUAGAUUGAUAGAACUUUAUUAAUCCACCCAGGGAGUUUCCUUUGGGAAAUUAAGGCUAUAUUUACUGCUGUAAUUGUGUGGAUCUCUCAAAAUGAAAUGUAUUGUUCUAUAGUCGCAAAUUGAAUGUUCUGUUGUGACUAGAGUACAUAACUAUUUCACAGACCCUGUAGGAUCUGAUGAUGUUUAUACUUCAUUACAAUCAUACUUUUGGCUACCUACUCCAGUAUAAACAGUUCUUGUAGUUUUAUUUUCAACACACAAAUCCAUUUUAGCUUAGGUACUAAAAUACCUCAUAAUCAGUUGACUACUAGGCCUGAACUUCUAUUUGUUUUGUUUUUGGUGGAGUAUAUAUUUUUCCACUGAAGUCUGAGCCUUUGGUACUAUAUAAAACUAUAUAUAAAAAAUAAAUACUAUGAUAGGAUUUUUUU